GAGAUGAAGUGACUUUCUUCUCCUUCCUAAUCAUAAUCCAACUAUAAAGAAGAAGAAGAAAAAAAAUCAGUCUCCCAAAAAAGCAGAAGCAAAAAAUGGCGGGCUAAAUUAAGAUCCAUAUUCAAAAACCUGCAAGCUCAAAAUUCAGAGUGAAAGCGAGCAAAGAUGGAGUCCCCAACCUCAAUCUGCGACGCAGAGAUUCCUCUUCAAAUACGCAACAUUGAUGCUUUCUACGCUUCUUACGCCAAAUCCCUCCAAACCCUGAGGGCCACAGCACAACAAACUGCUCAAUAUCAAGUUCAACUAGAAGAGAUUAAAGUUAAAUCGAGGGAGGCGGAAGAUGAUUUGGUCAAAGCACUUGCAGUCAAGACCCGCAAAGAGGCCAAGCGAAUGGCAUUGAUGGAUGCUAUUGCUUCUGCAAAAGCUAGAGUUGAAGACCUCAACACAAGUAUUCAGGAGCAGCGAACCAAAAAACAAGAAUAUGCCGCAUUUCUAUCUCAACAAUCUUCCGCUUUGACAGCAUUUGAAGGGAGUUUAAAUGAAAGCAUUGAACAUAAAGAUGAAACACAGGAGGCCAUCUCUUGGUACAACAGGGUCCUUGGUUUUUAUGUCAAAGGCGGACGUGGGGUAAAAUUCACAUUCAAGAAUAUAAAUUUGAACAAUCCAAACGAGGAGUUUUUUUUUACUAUCUGCCAUGAAAGCAAUUCUUACACGUUGUUAAUUUGUGAACCUUUCCUCAGUGACAUCAAAGAGUUGAUCAAUGAAUUAAACAGGACAAAUGGUCUGUUUAAAUUUGUCAGAGUAAUGAGGAAAAAGUUCCAAGCAGCAGUGGCACAAGGGAGUUUAAUUCUGACAACAGUUGAACAUGAAGAAUCUGCCUUUAUCUCUACAUCUGCUCCGAUUUUAUCAGUGUCAUAUGUUAGAAGUGAUUCUCCAACCAAGGAAAAUGAGCAUCGAUCUGAGCCCACAGAAGGUAAUACACAAUUCAAGAAACAAAAUGUUCGCAGAAGGGUAAAGUCAGCAGUUUUAUCUCCUGGAUCUGCAUCAUCUGUUCGCCAGUCCCCUCGUUUGAAGGCUAGGCAAUAAAGUCGAGUGGAGGAUGCUUGCCACCUCAUUUGAUGAUGCAUGCUGAGGUCCCCGAAGCGCCCUUGUAGUCAUAAUUCAUGACUCAGGUUUCUAAGUGCUAACAAAUUGACCCUUAAUUCCAGACAUAUCUGCGUCCUAGGUGUCUUGUAUAUAACAGAUCAGAAGAUCUCCACAAAAUUGGUCAAACUUGAAACUAUAUUGGGUGACACGAGAUUGGGUGUAAGUUUUUAAAAAAUCAUGUAUUCUUCAUGACAAUUUGUUUUGUAUUGUUUUUUUUUUUCCGGGAUAAAUCAUAGGUAUCCUCCGUGGGAGGCAAUCCUGUUCGGGACGGGUCCAAAGUUGAGACUUUAAACCCCUCCCAAAUAUGAUACUGGGAAGGAUCGGACACAUGUUCUCACCCUCAUCUGCUUAGCUUCCAUGCGUCAAUUGAGCUACCAUCAUUUGGUUUUUCUUGUUCUUUUUAGUGUUUCUUCCUUGUUGCUAAACUCACAAAAUUAUUCGAUGAAACAUAAGUGUAUUGGAAAUGUAAAUGAAGCAAUUUAUUGGUAAUGAAUCU